AUGUUUUAUUUCCACUGCCCGCCACAGCUAGAAGGCACAGCACCUUUUGGCAACCACUCCACAGGGGAUUUCGAUGAUGGGUUUCUUCGAAGAAAACAACGCAGGAACCGGACCACCUUCACGCUUCAACAGCUGGAAGCUCUGGAGGCAGUCUUUGCCCAAACACACUACCCCGAUGUCUUCACCAGAGAAGAGCUAGCCAUGAAAAUAAACCUCACAGAAGCCAGAGUGCAGGUUUGGUUCCAGAACCGAAGAGCCAAAUGGAGGAAGACAGAGAGAGGGGCGUCUGACCAGGAACCAGGGGCCAAGGAGCCCAUGGCAGAGGUGACACCACCGCCCGUGAGAAACAUCAAUUCUCCUCCCCCAGGGGACCAGGCCCGGAGCAAGAAGGAAGCCCUAGAGGCCCAGCAGAGCCUGGGACGAACAGUGGGCCCUGCUGGCCCUUUCUUCCCCUCCUGCUUGCCAGGGACCCUCCUGAACACAGCUACUUAUGCCCAGGCCCUGUCACAUGUGGCAUCUCUGAAAGGAGGCCCACUGUGCUCUUGCUGUGUCCCAGACCCCAUGGGGCUCUCUUUCCUCCCCACUUAUGGCUGCCAGAGUAACCGCACUGCCAGCGUGGCUGCUCUGCGCAUGAAGGCCCGAGAGCAUUCAGAAGCUGUCCUGCAGUCAGCCAACCUCCUGCCCUCCACCAGCAGCAGCCCCAGCCCUGCCUCCAAGCAGGCACCUCCGGAAGGCAGCCAGGACAAGACCUCCCCAACCAAGGAACAGAGUGAGGGAGAGAAGAGUGUAUGAGAGUCCAGAGUAACCAAGCCUGGAGCCCUCCCCAUCCCUGCUUCUCUCAGCCUCAGCCCUGUAACUCUGUGAACCACAAGAAGUGGCCACCUCCUCAUGGAUCUGGCAGGGAAAGUGAGACCUUCAGCCAUUUGACACCUGGAGAGUCACUCUAGAAUUCUGCUGGAGGGCUGUGGUUGUUCUGGCUUUUCUUGGUGACAGUUCCCAAUGGCACUUAGUGGCUCUGGAAACUGCUCUGUGGUGAGGCCCUUGGGUUUCUUGUUUGGUUUUGUUUUGUUUUCCAGGCCAAGAAGCAUUGGGGCAAACCAUGUUUGUUCACCCCAUCACCCUUCUUGAGCUAUCUGGGGAGGUCUUGUCACUCCAAGGACUGUGGCAUGGAUCACCUCUGAAAGAUACCAAGGAGUGACAUCUCAUGACAAGAAACGAGACAGUCAUUCUCAUAUUGUGUAAGAACCACAGAACUGGUAGAAUAUGUAUCCGUUCUCGCUCCCCUCAGCCAGCAACAACCCCCUUUCUCUUGUCUAAAGGUAUUAGCUGAGGUUUUGGUUAGGAAGUGACAAAACAUGGGUGAGUACACAGUGGUCCUGAUGCUGGUGGAUUUCCCUGGGCACAUCUGGCAGGUCCCAGUCAGACAGCACGUUAGUGCUGUGGCCCCGGGGGCUGCUAUCUUGAUACCGUGGUGUGGAGCAAAUGUGGGUCCCCUGCAACUCGAGUGUCCACUUGCAGGCCCUGCAUCUCUACAGAAGAAUGGUAAAGAAUGGUGGGAAGGUCACCAGUCAGAAAGUAGCUUUGUGGCCUACAAAAGGACAAGAGCCCCUGAAGAGGGAGGAGAUCCCCAGGAAGGCCCCUGGAAUAACUUAUGCACAAGUGAACUGCCCUUUUUUAUGUCCCCAUCAUGCGGAGGGGAAUCUGCAGGGCAAGGAGACAGGACUGGCCGAUGUGUGAAUGCGCAGACAGGAAACCCAGGAAGAUGACUCCUUGUGGUGAAAUAGAAUGGAUUCCAAAGGUCCAAAUUUCAUAGAGAUUUCUGCCUCAGUCUAGUGUGGCUGUGUUCUUUCACGUGGAUGGUGACCUCGAAGAGAUCAAAGGGGAGAGUGCAAUAGCAUGAGUCCCGCCUGCCUCUCGGUGCUGAAGGGUGGUGGUCUUUGGUGGCUUUUGCUACUGAUGUUUCCAUGCAAACUGUUACUGCUUUCAUGAAGGCUGUUUUCAUUUCAGUUGUGAUAGUUGAAAGGCUUUGCUUUCAGGCCCUCUGCCUCUCCCUCAACUCUUCAGAAGCCCCUACCCCUGUAAUACUCCUAAGUGUAUCGUGCCUCACUUACC